AGAUCAAUCGCGUUUUUUCGGCUUCAAAAUGAAAGUUGCUUUUGCCUUCCUAUGCGCCUUCGCAGCGAAAGCCUCCGCGGACAAUUUCCUUGAAGCUGGACUUCGAAAGCUCGAGGGAGCAACCGAAAAGUGCUCCGAUAAGAUAGUGAAUUUCGAGGGUUUCUCUGCGGGAGAGAAAGUCACUACUGAGAAGUUGAAAAGCUUGGGAUUUAAAACGCUCUCCAUCAAGGUGGAAGGCAAGGGAAAGUGCGUCGACGGCGAAGCUCGAAUCUUCAACUCCGGCAGUGUCACCUGCGGCGACACUGACUUGUCCUCUAGCGAUGGCAUGGUGGCCAUUAUUCAGGAGAAGAAUGAGAACAUCUGCGCUCCCAAUGAUUGUGCCGCUGGAGGCACAAUGACUUUUGAGUGGACUAACAAGGUUCAAAUCAAGUCCAUCCGUCUCUUGGACAAUGACCAGCCCGUCAAGGUCGUUCUUACAACGUCCACUGGUACGAUUACAAAACCACUGGUUCUUGUUACAGAUAAAUCCAAGGAUGGGAAACACGAAACUUUUUCCAUCGGAGUAGAUGAUGUCUCGAAGAUGGAUGUGGUUAUGAACGGAUCUGGUGCCGUGGCAGAAGUGGUGUACAGAACUUGUGGAACUGGCGCUAGCGGAGACCCGCAUUUUAGCACCUGGACUGGACACAAGUUCGACUACCACGGGCAGUGCGACCUUGUGCUUGUCAAGGCCCCGGUUUUUGAAGGUAAAGGCCUCGACAUUCACGUACGCACCGAGCAGCGCUACUUCUACUCCUUCAUCAAAACAAUCGCGAUGAAGAUUGGAGAUGAUUUGCUGGAGUUUGGAUUCAAUCAAGUGCUCCUGAACGGUGCCACUGCCAACAAAGGCUUGACUUCGGGAAGCAGCUUCGACUUCGCGGGAUAUCCUGUGUCGUUCCACGACGAGCCCAUGCCCAACGGACGUCCCCGUAAGCUAUACCGUGUUCAGACCCCGCACGAGGCUAUCGUCAUCAAGGUUUUCAAGCAGCUGAUGGCUAUUGAAAUUGAAGAUGCGUCUCACGUUAAUUUUGCAGAUGCCGUUGGUAUCACGGGCGACUACAACUCUGGUCUGAUGCUGGGCCGUGACGGUGUCACCAUAUUGCCGGAUCCCAGCGACUUUGGUCCGGAGUGGCAAGUCACCAGCGACGACCCUAGCUUGUUCAGUUCCGUGCAGGCUCCCCAGUUCCCCGAGAAGUGCUGGGAAGCCCCGGCUAUUGACAAGGUCCGCCAUUUGCGCAACGGAGUGUCACAGGCUCAAGCGGAAGAGGCCUGUGCGAUCUUGGGAGAAGACGCUGAUAUUGAAGACUGUGUGUUUGACAUUAUGGCCACCGGAGAUAUCGAGAUGGUCGGCGCGCACCUCUAA